ACCCAAGUGCCAACCUUGUAACUAUUUUCGCAUCGAAAAAUCUGUAGGAAGUGAAAAUAAUACAUAUGCAGCGUACAGAUUAAAGCGUGAAUGUGACUUCUUUGGGAAGAGUUCUAUUUUAAAGUGCUUCAUCGUAAAGACCGAGUCAAAAUAAGUGGUAUGGAUGGGGUAACAUGAAUACCGGGCCGCUGGAGGAGACUAAACUAUGUGCUGUACUGUACCUAUGUUGUGGUCAACAGACGCUGAGAUAUCGCCAAGGAGCUCAUAGCAGCAAUGAUGUCAGUAACGAACAUAAUUCACUUCUGCGCAACAGACAGACAGAAAACACUUGCGGGCUUCCGAUGUCGUUAAAGAAAACCACAAACUCCACGGAGGACCGGUACAUCACUCCGCUAGCAUCUUGCUGCUGUUAUUGCUCAAACUCGCUUCCUCGGAAGAUGACGCCUUGUUUGACUCCAUCUGCUUCCUUUUGAAGGGCUUUGGGAUGAAAAGUAACCAGUGUUUUUAAUUGUUAUUUCCUUAUGCCCUGAGUUCUGUUAGUGCUGAUGAACGGAACAAGGCAAAUUUUGUGAAAGUGGAAAUUUUCAAAAUGUUCUGCGAGGAAUCUGUGUAGUGCUCUUUUGGCCGCUGUUAAUAUGAACGGGUUUCGGAGCCUGCUAUUAUCAUAAAUGAAAGUAGUAUUGGUGGUAAAGCAAUAGCGAAAAUGACAGUGAAAAGAUGUUGCUACUUUUGAGGAAGUUAAAGAAGUGAUGUGCCCAAGAACCACUAAUUUUAAAUCAGAGCAAAGUUUUGUGUUACGCGUGAAAUUUGUGAUUUAAACCAGCAAAAACAAAGUAACUCCAUUACUUUUUUUUUAUUAUUAUUAUAUUUCGUGGAAAAGUGAAUACUUUGAUGAGAGGUUUGCGUGUAAGAAUGUCACUUGCGGUGAUGGGAUAAAUUAGUGUGAUUAAGGCCUAGAUGGGGUAUGGGAAGUUAAGUCUCCUCUAGGCAAUUACCGGCACUUUCUCCUUGGGUAUCUCGCACAAUGGAGGAUGAUUCUAAGAUGAGCGUGGGGUUGCGGGUGGAGGUUGUGCUUCUAGACGAUCGCCGCCUUCAAUUGGGCGUUGGCCCCCGCCUCCUCACCCACGAAUUGCUGGCCAUGGUAGCAUCCCACUUCACCCUCAAAGAACACCACUAUUUCUCACUCGCCAUGAUCGAUUCCACAGGUCACUACCAAUGGUUAUCACAUGACAGGCGGGUGAUGGAUCAUGACCUGGUACGGUCGAGUGCCAGUGGUGUUCCUGUCACCUUAUAUUUCCUCGUCAAGUUCUACAUCGAAUCGAUACUGCACCUGCAGGGCCCACAGACAGUGGAGCUCUUCUACCAACAAGCAAAGAAUCUAGUCUAUAAGGGUCAGCUGGAAUUAGAUAGUGACACUGCAUUUAAAUUAGCGGCCCUCGCCUUACAGGCAACGUAUGGAGAUUUUUCUGACGAAUCUUCGACACAUUCGCAACUAAGGAAGUGCCACGUGUUACCGACUAGCGUAAUACGUGAUCAUCCGUCUUUACAAUAUUGCGAAGAGCGGGUAGCAGAGGAACACCGACAGCUUUUGGGACAAACUCGAGGCCACGCCAUUUUACAGUAUAUGAGCGUGGUUGAACGACUUCCAACGUACGGUGUUCAUUAUUACGAAGUGAGGGACAGGUCGAAUCUUCCUUGGUUCUUGGGUCUCAGUCAUCGUGGCAUUGCACAGUACGAUUUUUUGGACAAACGGAAACCUCGGCGCGUCUUUCUUUGGAAACAACUCGAGAAUUUAUAUUUCAGAGAAAGGAAGUUUUCAAUUGAAGUGCAUGAUCCAAAAAGUAGAGUGGUGCACACCUUGAGCUCCUUUAAUCUCUACGAGGAUGCCAUCGAAGACUCCAGAGAUCACCAUGAUGAUUUGCUAGCUGCCAUUACAGAGGCCACUACACAAGUAUCAGUAUCAAGAAGAACAUUUGGUCCUGGCAACGUUAGUGUUUAUGUGUGGUUCGCAGAGACUCAAGCGCUCUGCAAAGCAAUUUGGUCCAUGGCGAUCGCACAGCAUCAAUUCUACCUCGACCGCAAAACAUCCAGGAACGAUGUGAGUGGAGUGCAGUUACCCGAACUAGCAUUGGAACUGUCACGUAGUUGUGUAUCCUUGUCAACUCAUUCAUCAUCAUCAAACUUGUCAAGAUCAGGAUCCCACUCGUCACUAGUCAAUAAUUCUCUAGCUGAAGACAGUGCAAGUACUGAAAGCUUACAUCAGGCCAGAAUGGAGAUGCACAGUGCUCUCAUGCAGAGGCGGGAUGCUCUUCAAGAGAAAAUAAAGGAAAAGACAGAAGAACUGAGGCUAUUAUGUUUACGUGAAGGUGAAUUAACAGGUGAACUACCACCUGAAUAUCCUACUACUCCUGGUCAGCCACCACCCACGGUUCGGAAAAGAGUUGGAACAUCAUUUACACUAAGUGAAAACCUCAUUAACAAGAUUAUUAAUAAGCAGGAGGAAACGGUGGCAGCUCUUGAAUUAGAGUAUGAAAUUCAAGGAAAAAUCACCAGUGCUGCACUGAGGCUUGCAAAUGAAACAUCAGCAAGGAAGGGAGUCAGAAAGCAAAGAAAAAUGUCUUACCAACAGUCUGCUCAGAGACUAAAAGACUUAGAGCAAAAGUUGAAGGUUGCCAAAUCAAAACAAGCAGCAACUGCAAGCAGCAUGCCAAAGCAGAAGAAGAAACCAAGACCAGUAUCGGACACAGAAGGUGUGGGCAUAUACGAUGAAAAUACGAAUCCGAACACGACUGCCAGUAUCGGUCAAGAUUCGCCGCGAGAUCACCUACGGGACCCCCAACAUGAUGCCCUAACUGCUGAGGGAGUUAGUCUAUCCCCAGCAAUAUCAUCCCAUCCACCUGUGUCACCUAGAUCCCCUUUACCUCCAUCCACUCCUGUUAGAGCAAGGGCUCGAAGAGAUCUUUCUCCUGGAAGUCAUAGUAUAGCAGCUGGAGGUAUUCAUUCAGCACCCACUAGUCCUCACAAACAGCAAUCAAAUGGUUCUGCUGGCUCCAGACCCACUAGUCCUAAUCGACCUCACAGUGGCUAUAUUCCAAGUUCUGUCUACACAAGAAGUCAGUAUCGUAGCCAACAAUAUCCGACGCUCUCCACGCGCUCCCAGUCAGUCCCGGCGGAUGAGGGUCGGGUAUCACACCCUCGAGUCAGCAAUGGGGCUUAUCCAGUGCCUGAUGCCAGCAUAGUUGAGACUCCAGGAGGUCUCUACAAUAUUCCCCAACAACGCACAUCCCUUGCUUGUCAUAGUCUGGAUGAUCUGGACACCCCUUCCCUCCUCACCAACACUCCUCAACACCAUAAUCACAAUCACAGUCAACCUUACAGACAAAGAAAUGACUCCCAGGAUAGGUACGGCAGUUUGGACCGCCGGCGAGCGAACAGCGGGAGAUUGGAGUCACGCAGCAUGGAACACCUCGAUUCUCUACCCUCUCCAACCCAACAGUCUUCCCAACAUAACCCAGCCCACAGUCAUCACCACUCCCUCUCUUCACACCACUUACAUCCUGGCCAUACAGCGUCCUACACCCAUCACCCACACUACCACAAUCACCACUUCCACACAUCAGAACAUCAUCCUGAAGCCAUGGACACAACAUGUGACUCACACUCCAACCCAGGAAAUAGCAGCUUUGACACAGCCUCCAGUGAAAGAUCCAGUGGAGGUGGAGGAGGAGAUGUCAUCGAUGGAACAACCCAGUAUAGACACAAGGGAGGAUUCCAAGGAGCUACCCAGAAUUACCGCCACCAUACUACGAGUGGUCCUGGCUUGCCUACACCACCUGCUCAGCACCAUCGUGGGACAAGUCACGGUGCCAUUCAGAGGUCUCAGAGUAGCACAGUGCACAGACUGGUAAGGACUUCAAGUGGACGAAGUUAUAUGGAGACAACAUUUGUGUCCGAGCCCAAUAACAACCAAGAAAAUAUUCCUCCCUUACGGCCCUCUUCAGAGUUGCUUCCUUUACGUCCAACCAAUGGUUUACAUCAUGAAAACCACCCUGCUCUUUGCUCAACAUACAGUAGUAAUACCUUAGAUCCCAGUGCAUUAAAAUCGGCAAUUUCGGAUCUUCCACCGCUCAGAGCGACAAAGUCUAGCAGUGAGAUACCACCCUUAAGAGCUACAACAUCAAAGUUAGAUUCUCCAAGCAGCCAUAAUUCUUCCAUGAACACAUCUAUGUCCUCAGUCUCGGAAGAACCUUUGAUAUCACUUGCAGAAGCUGCUAGACUAAAGAAAGAAAGAGGUAAGGAAUGGUAUGAAACUUCUUUGGAUUCCCCAUCUUCAGGGCGCCGAACUAAAAAGAGCACAAGCAUGAGUGAAAUGAAUGAUUCAUGUAAUAGUAAUGGUACUAUGGUUGCUAGUCAGUCUAAUUUAAAUCUGAGUGGAAGUAGUGUUGGCAGUACUGGUAGUAGCACAGGAAGUGUCUUCCAAAGAUCUGAUUCAGCUGACACAUCACAGACUUCAAUACCCUAUGAAUCUCCAAGGAAUCAUAUGAUAAUAUCAGCUGGAACUUAUCAACCUUCGAGAGAAGUCACAAAGCCAUUUGAAAUGUCAGACUUUUAUAAAUACAGUACAAAAUAUCGACGACAGUGCUCAAGUAAUUUGGUUGGCAUGAACAGCAGUAGCACUGGCACCACUAGUGGAUCUGUAAGCAGUGUGAGUAGUGGGGGUGACACCCCACUUUCUCCAGUUCUUCCUCCUCGAGCACAAGUGCUAGUCACCAGCACCAAAAUACAUCCACCAUCUCCGAACUUGGUUGCACAUCACUCUGCUCCAGCACCCCAGCAAAAGGGAGUUUAUCAGCCUCUCACACCUCUGACAUGUCAGCCUUUGGAAGUCAUGAAGGGAUCACCAGCAACUGGAGAACCACAGGAUCCUGUUGGAAGUGGUUGGGAAACAGCACCUUUACAUCAGGCAGUUCCAGCUACUGUUACUCAUAAAAGGUCAGCUACGUUAGUGUGACCUGGCUAAUAUAUUUGUGCAUUUGCUUAUUAACUGUAUAUUCCCAAAGUAUGCAUUAUUUGUUUUUGAGAGUAUAUUAUUUGUAUAAUUCCAUGAUGGUGCUUAUAUUUGUACAUAAUUCUUGUACAGUCCUUGAUUUUUUGAAAACUUUUAGACAAGGCAAGUUUUUGAGUUUGUUGUUCAUCUUUAUUGUUUCUGAUUAUGAUCUCAUUAAUAUAAUGAUGUCUCAUUAAAGUUAUUGUACAUUUAUGUUUGAAGACCACUUUGUUUUUCACAUAUCAUUUGCUUCAACAGACUGUAGUACUGGAGAUGAACAUUUCUCAAAGAUAUGUUUAGUAAAGCCUUGAAAGUCAAGAACAAAGUAGAAUUUAUUAGCUUAUAUAAUUUUACUGUGAUAUUUUACUGUGUAAAGAAAUUUACAUAAAGUUAUUUAUGAAUGUACAAGUUUUAAAUCUUGUCAAGAGUGUUUACAAGAAUUGUUCAUAUUUUACAGAAAACAUCUAAAUACUGUACCUGACAUAAACCCACCAUGAGGACUCAUUCAUAAUACUAAAGUUAUAAAUUAAUAUCUUGAAAGUAAAUAUUUUGACACAGGCUCAUUUAAUGCUUCCAUUGCAUAAACCUGAGUAUGUUGAUGAUAAAUGCACAGAGGUGCAGUUUGGUGCAUUCUGGGUACUUUGUUACAAAGGGGCAUUCAGCAAUCACAGAUAGAAUCUAUUUUGAGCAAGAGCUUUAAAUACCUUUCUUUGCUUCUAGAAAACAUUGGUACACCAUUCCCUGUGUCCAGUACAUGUAUUUUGGAUAACCAGUUCAUGAAUUUAGCAUUAUCAAAAUGGGUAUUAGUAUUUUACUGCUUAAGAAUGUGGUUUUUUGUGCCCUUUCAAAAGUUAAACCCAUACUCUCAGUGCAUUAAUUUGUUCUUCCUAAAUUACCCUAUUUUGAUACCAUAUUCUUAUAUAGAGUGGGGCCUCAUAGAAGCUACCAAAGAAAAGUGCCUUUGUACAGACACAUUUGUAGAUAUGUGUACAAAGUUUUGUACAGUGUAAUAAAUAAAAUGAAAGCA